CACAAAAUCAUCAGCAUACCCCAUGUCAGAGGACUCGGUCCCCAUCAAGACUCUACUGCUCACAGUCUUCAACGUCAGUCGCCUCCCACCAUCCCUGGAGUAUCACUGACUUGGUGCCCUCACCAGUCUAUCGUCGAGGUAUUCCUUCUAUGUGUCGCAGGUUAUAUACUGGCGCGCUCAGGCGUGACCGAUAAAGCGACCCAACGAAAGCUGAACGUCAUCAAUGUAUCGCUCUUCACGCCUGCUCUGCUCUUCUCAAAGGUGUGUCAAUCAAGUCACGAAGGCCCGGUCGCGCCCGGUGCUUGUGAGACGUCGCCAAAACGUCGUUGAGAUCUUGUCACUAAUGCAUGGGUCAGGUGGCAUACUCUCUCACGCCUGCAAAACUGAAGGAGCUGUGGAUCAUCCCUCUCGGAUUCGUCAUAGUCACUGGUGUAUCGGCUGGAGUAGCUUGGUCUCUUGCGAAAACUUUCAAACUCUCCAAGUCGCAGAGGUACGACCAGAUCUGUGCACGCUCUUGGCGGUCUUGCGGGGCCCCCGUCAUGAAUCAUGCUGACAGCGGUCUAUAGAGCCUUUGCGAUCUGCGCUGCCAUGUUCCAGAACAGCAACUCUCUUCCCAUAGCACUCAUACAAUCUCUUGUAGUCGAGGUCCCCGGUCUCAGAUGGGACGAAGAUGACAACAAGAAUCAGAUGCUCGGUCGGGCGCUCACCUAUCUCGUGCUCUACUCGACUCUCGGUAUGAUGCUCAGAUGGUCUUGGGGUGUCAAGCUCUUGUCUGGUGCAGACGACGAAGCACAGGUAGAGCCUGGAGAGACGGGUCUCACCGGAAAUGGAGACUUGGUCCAAAGCCCCGGGCAAAUGGGUGAUGGCAGGGAAGAGAGUGAUCCGUUCUUCUCUCCCCACGAUGGUGAGACCCCGACGCGACACGAAUCAGCCAUGGGGGUCACUCCGACCACUAUCCGUCAACCCACUUCCCCCACACUCCCCUUCACCGCUCCAGGCUCUGCGCACUCGAUGCACCCGACCCCCGACAGGCGCGCCUCGGCCACGGGCACGGAAAGAUCGCACUCUGUCUUGAGCGCCACCAGACGACUGAGGGCACCUUCGCGGACUGACAGUGGAAGGGAAUUCUUGGGCCUUCCUGAAGCUCCUAGAGAAAGGGCUUUUGAUUUGAUCAAUGAAGUCGAUAGCAGCGAUGAAGAAGACGAGGAAUGGGGCAGCGACUCUCAGCCAACUCUCCGUCUUCGCCGCCAGCCUCCCCAGACCGCUUUCCAAAAGUUCAAGACCAAAGGCAAGGUCGUCGCCCAAAAAGUCAAUGCCUUCAUGACCGUCCCGAUGUACGCUGCCUUGCUGUCAAUCUUCAUCGCCAUGGUACAGCCUCUGCAGGCCAAGAUGGCCGAGUUCAAGCCUCUGGAGCAAGCCAUCAAGGGCGCCGGACAAUGUUCAAUUCCUGUGACUCUAGUCGUCCUCGGCGCCUUCUUCUACACUCCUCCCGCGCCCCCCACCAUUCCCAUCUCCCUUCCGCCCGACGAACACGAUCCGCCCGCCAAACGUGGCAACUUUUUCGAACGCAAGUUCCGCGCUAUCGCCGGGUACUCUCCCAUCGGGAAUGGGAACGCCGCGCCAAAGCCCAAGGCCUACCCAGGCGAGAAUCGAGCGGUGUUCGUGGCGGUGGUUAGUAGGAUGGUCGUUACGCCACUGGUGAUGAUGCCAUUCCUGGCGGUCAUGGCCAAGUAUGACUUGUUUGAGGCGGCCGAGGAUCCGGUUUUCGUGCUGAGUGCCGUGUUGUUGGUUUCUUCACCUCCUGCAUUGACGCUCGCCCAGAUUACGCAGGCAGCAUCCGGGGAUGCAUUUGAGCGACUCAUCUCGAAAACUAUCAGCUGGUCCUAUGCCGUUCUGACUCCCCCGUUGACUCUUGUCUACGUCGUCAUUGGCUUGAUUUUUGGUAGGAUGUGACGGGAGUCGAGAGUGGUAGUACCAAGAAAAUUUCACUGUACAGACAGGUCUAUGAGCCAUGUAAGACCUAUGCUGAGUUUUCGGCAAGCCGAGUUCUCGUAAUGAUCGUAUCAUGACUGCGGGUGGUGCUUGUUUGGUGCUGGUCGAAAGUGUGUGCAUGACAUCCUGAUCCAAUGCCAGUAAGACAGCCCUCCGCAUGCAUAGACGGGAGCUGGGCCGGCCACAUGAGUGGGAGGCGCCUGCGCAGGAGACUGGGAGGCGACAGGGAGAAUCCAGGAACGCGGCAUUAGGCUCUCUCUUAACGCCACGCCGUAUCUCUUGUUGUCUUUUUCCCUCUC